AUCCUUAUAAUUUAAACAUGAAACGACAAUUCUACCCUCAUGUUUAUCCAAUUUCAAAGAUAUUUUGUUAAAAAAAAGUCAUAAAAUUACCUCUUUCUUUGGUUCCAAAAUUCUCAAAAGAGAAGUUUGACAAUUGGUGCAUCCGAAUGAAGGCCAUACUCGGUGCACAUGAUGUGUGGGAAAUUGUCGAGAAUGGAUAUGAUGCUCCUAAAGACAUGAGUGCUCUUACACAAGCACAAAAGGAUCAGUUUAACAGCAUCAAGAAAAAGGAUCAAAAGGCCGUUUCUCUUAUUCACCAAGCAUUGGAUGAGGUUACCUUUGAGAAGGUUUCUAAUGCCACCACAGUAAAGGGUCUGUGGGAGAAGCUUCAAGCUGCCUGUAAAGGAAAAGAAAAGGCAAAGAAAGUGCGCCUCCAAAGUUUGAGAGUUACGGAGAAGUUUGAUUAUGUGGUGAUAGCCAUUGAAGAAUCAAAGGACUUGGAAGACAUGACUGUUGAAGAGUUAAGUGGUUCACUUGAAGCACAUGAGGAGAAGCUCAAUAGAAGAAAGAAAGAGCCUGUGGAGCAGGUUCUACAGUCAAGACUUUCUCUGGGUGAUAAAGAACAAAAGGGAGGCACAAGUCAAGGAGGACGAGGUCGAGGUCGAGGCCGUGGACGCAGUCAUGGUCGAGGACGUGGAAGAGGAGGAAGAAGUGUCCAGAACACUGAUCAAAGCAGAGAUGAAAAUUUUCAAUUCUCCUUUUUGAGAGGUCGUGGCAGAGGAGGAUCAAGGCCAUAUCAGAAGAGGUAUGACAAAUCCCAAAUUCAAUGCUACACUUGUCAUAAGUUUGGGCAUUAUUCAUGGGAAUGCAGAUUUGGCAACAAUGUGAAAGCCAAUUUCUCUCAAGAUGAAGAUAAAGAAGUUAACGCAGAGGUGGAGACAACUCUCUUGUUGGCCUGCAAAGAUAUGAAGAGUGAAGGAAAGCACUCUUGGUACCUUGAUACUGGAGCAAGCAACCACAUGUGUGGAAACAAAGAAUUAUUUGUGGAGCUUGAUGAGAAAGUUGGCGGCAACAUCACCUUUGGAGACUCUUCCAAAAUACCAGUGAGGGGUAAAGGUAAAAUUCUGAUACGCAUGAAGGAUGGAAAUCAUCAAUUUAUCUCAAAUGUUUAUUAUGCACCUGACAUGAAGAGUAAUAUUUUGAGUGUGGGCCAACUGUUAGAAAAGGGAUAUGCUGUUUUCACAAAAGGUUGCAGUUUGUACUUGAAAGAUUCUGCAGGAAGCUUGAUUGCCAAAGUCUCAAUGUCAAAGAAUCGUAUGUUUGCUAUGAACAUACAUACAGAUGUGGCUAAAUGCUUAACAUCUUGUUAUAAAGAUUCUUCAUGGUUGUGGCAUUUGAGAUUUGGGCAUAUGAACUUUGGAGGACUUAAGGCUAUGGCUAGCAAAAGAAUGGUGAAAGGCUUGCCCUCGAUGAAUCAACCUGAUCAACUUUGUGAAGGUUGUCUUCUUGGUAAACAAUCAAGAAAGAGCUUCCCAAAACAGUCCCAAUCAAGAGUUACGAGGCCACUACAGCUAGUUCACACUGAUGUCUGUGGGCCGAUCACCCCAUGUUCUUUCGACAUUGAGCCUAUUAACUUCAAUGAAGCUGCCAAAGAUGAAAAGUGGAGAAAAGCAAUGGACGAGGAGAUGAAUGCAAUUAAAAAGAAUGAUACUUGGGAGCUAGUCACUCUUCCUCAAGGACAUGCUACUAUUGGAGUGAAAUGGGUGUUCAAAGAGAAAAAGAAUUCUAAAGGAAAGGUAGAAAGAUACAAAGCAAGGCUUGUGGCUAAAGGCUAUAAGCAGCAACAUGGCAUCGACUAUGAAGAGGUUUUUGCACCGGUAGCUCGUCUAGAGACGAUAAGGUUGAUAAUUUCUCUAGUAGCUCAAAACCAGUGGAAGAUUUUCCAAAUGGAUGUCAAGUCAGCCUUCCUAAAUGGCUCUCUUGAAGAAGAGGUGUAUGUUCAACAACCUCUCGGCUAUGUUGUAAAGGGUGAAGAGAACAAGGUGCUUAAACUGAAGAAAGCUCUCUACGGCUUGAAACAAGCUCCAAGAGCUUGGAAUUGCAGAAUCGACAGAUACUUUCAAGAGAAUGGCUUUGUCAAGUGCCCUUAUGAAUAUGCUCUCUACGUAAAGGUGGGCAAUGGUGGAAUUUUAAUUGUUUGCCUAUAUGUAGAUGAUCUAAUCUUUACAGGCAAUAAUCCAAGUAUGUUUGAAGAAUUCAAAAGGGCAAUGAGCAAUGAGUUUGAAAUGACAGAUAUAGGACUCAUGUCCUAUUAUCUUGGCAUAGAAGUGAAGCAGAUGGAGGAAGGGAUCUUCAUUUCACAAGAAAAUUAUGCGAGAGAGGUGCUUAAAAGAUUCAACAUGAGCAAUUGUAAACCAGUGAAUACUCCGGUUGCCGGUGGCAUGAAGCUGUCCAAGUUUGAAGAAGGUGGAAGUGUAGAUGCAACUCUUUUUCGGAGUUUAGUUGGAAGUUUGAGAUAUUUAACUUGCACAAGACCUGAUAUUUUGUUCGGAGUUGGAUUGGUUAGUCGAUAUUUGGAGGCUCCUACAACAGUUCAUCUAAAGGCAGCAAAGAGGAUCCUUCGCUAUGUAAAAGGUACUACUAAUUUCGGGUUGAAUUACUUUGCCUCUAAUGACUUUACUCUUAGAGGUUUCAGUGAUAGUGAUUGGGCCGGAGAUAUUGAUGAUAGAAAGAGCACCACUGGAUUGUGUUUUACAUGGGUGAUACAGCUUUUACUUGGAGCUCGAAAAAUUUGGUUGAGAAAUUUGCUAAAGGAGCUUCAUUUCACACAAGAGGGCCCAACGGAAAUAUAUGUUGACAACAAAUCUUCAAUUGCAUUGGCAAAGAAUCCUCAAUUUCAUGAACGAAGCAAACAUAUUGAUACCAAGUAUCAUUAUGUGCGCCAGUGUGUUGAAGACAAAGUGGUGCAGCUAAUUUUUGUGAAAUCUCACGAUCAGAUGGCAGACAUCCUUACCAAGGCUCUCAAGUUUGAUGAUUUCAAGAAAUUAAGAAGCUGUCUUGGAGUUGGAAAGAGUCAUGUUUAAAGGGGGGUGUUGAAAGGAUAAACAUGCCUUGAAUAUCCAGUUCAUGUAUCUGGUAUGAGUAGUAUUUAAUAAUGUAUCUAGGAGAAUGGGAUUCAUGUAUACCAGUUAAUUAGGAAAGAACCAGUGUUUGUGAUUUAUCUAUAAAUAACUUUGUAAGUU